UCCCUCUGAUAAAAACACAUUGGAUUGUCGCACACAUGCAGCCUCAUGGUAUGCUUCACACAAACAUCCCCUUCCCUCCACAGAGUGUGCAGUUCAUGUGUAGAAUAAAGUUUUCACAGUUCACAAAGACGAUGCAGUCGCUUCAAUUAUUUCAGCCACACAGGAUAAUUAUGUGGAGCUCAUGCUCUGGUGCACAUGACUCCUUUUGAUUUGAUUUGAUUUGCUUGCUGGUUGUUAAGUAGGGUUGCCCUGUCUGAGUUCACUGAUAAAACGGGUCAAGGUGCUUAAUUUUGACCUUGCUUUCAAAUGUGGAUAUUUUGGACAAAAUUUCGAACAAUCAAUGAUGACAAUUAGAAUAAAUAAUAAUGCCAGUGUUGCACCCCCUUUUUAAUUACCAUAAAACCGUAACUAAGAGAAGAAGUAAAUGAACAAUGGAUGCAUUUCUGAUGUUUUUUCUAUCUGGUUUUAGCUCAUUUGUGAAGAGAAAAACAAAUAAAUAAUGAGGCAUGCUUAGCAGAGAUGUAAAAUGACUGUUUUUGUUUUGUUUGUACUAAUGCAUUGGUCCGAUGUGAUGCUUAUUAGGUUGUUAAAAUCUGGCAUUGAUGGUGAUCUUGGAUGUUACUGAGCUGCACCAGUCAUGGAUGUCCCAUUGAGUAGAACAUCUAAGAUAUUUGCUUUUUUGUUAACUUGUAUUUCUCCUUUGUAAAUGUAGUGAGUUUGAAAGGAUAAAGGAUUUUAUGCACUUCUAUUUUAAGAUCAUCCUUCUUUAAAAAGAUAAAAUGGAUAUUUGAACAAUACUGCUGCAUUUGUAGUGUCAUUCUUGAUUUAUAACCAAAUAAAGACAAAAGGCAAACCUACAGGUUAUCCUACAUUUAGUUUUUUGUGGAGAAGACUUUUAAGGCAGACUGAGAAACAUUUUGAGGAACUUUGCUUGAAUAUCCUGCAAAUAUUCUUGCGAUCAACUUGUUGAUCUGUAGGGCCAAAAGAUGCCGAUUUGGUCUGAGCUGGGGGAAACAGCGGCCUUAAUCGCGGCAAACCUGAAUCCACGAAGAUCCCAGUUGAGAUUGCGCGCACCGAAAUCGCAACCUCUUCGCGUGCACGCGCGUGCACGGGCACGCGUCUGAGGGCUUAUUGCGACUGCGCUCUCACAGUCUUGAAUUUGUCCCGCGGAUGCAUGCGUGUCUCUCGCCAGCACCGCAAUAGUGUCCAGGACUCACUGCGAUGCGCUCUGCGGACUCCACAGAGGCCAACGUGGGGAACGCGUCAUUUUGACCAAAGGAGCGGAUAGCGAACCCGCAGCGGCCAGGAUCUGCGUUCUGAAGUUUUUAUGAGCAGGCAGAGCAGAACUGUUGACUUUCACAGCAGUCCGGUUUCCGAAGAUACCCCUGCGCUCCAGCGAAGGACCCGAGGAUCCGGUGAGGAGAACGCGCGGCUCCGGACGUCCAUUCAGAAAAUGGGUUGUUUUCACGCAGAGGAGGAGAGGGCUUCGCUCUAACGCCGGCGCACAGCAUGGCUGGGCUACACGCCUCCGAAGCCGUGUCGGGACAUUUCUUGGAUCCUGCCAUCAGCGCAGCGCCGGCCCAGGGCGCGACCAACCCUGCGGGAAUCACCGGCGAUGCGGCCGCGCUGCCUUCGGCCACCCGGACAUACUUGGACGUGUCUGCCGCUGCCCAGAGCUACAUGGUGGGGGGACUUUACACCAACGGACGCUACAGAGACCACAGCAGUCCACGGAUCGGGAGUGGCAGUCGUGAUAAUUCUUCCGAGAGAAGUCAGGGAGCUGGAAACCCACCUUGCGGUAUCAUGAAGGAUGGCUCCAAACAGAAGCCAGUGAGGAAGAAGACUGUGUCUUUCAGCUCAAUGCCAAGUGACCGAAAGAUUAACAGCACAGCUGCCUGCAUGGCUUUCAUGAUGAAGGGUUGUGAGAUGAAGAAGGUGCGCUCCAACUCACGGAUGUACAACCGCUACUUCCUGCUGGAUCCAGACAUGCACUGGUUACGCUGGGAGCCAUCCAAGAAAGAUUCAGAGAAGGCCAAACUUGAAAUCAAAAGCAUCAAAGAAGUCCGUUUGGGAAAGAAAACCCCUGUCCUGCGCAGCAAUGGUCUCUCUGAUCAAUUUCCUGACGAAUGCGCCUUUUCAAUCAUCUACGGGGAUAACUACGAGUCUUUGGAUUUGGUUGCUAGUACACCAGAUGUCGUCAGUACAUGGGUCAUGGGCCUGAGAUAUUUAGUGUCCUAUGGUCGCCACACUGUAGAUAUGGUGGACCCAUGUCAACAAAGCCUAAGAACAUCAUGGAUUAGCUCAGUGUUUGAGCUUGCAGAUGUGGAAAAGAAAGGACACAUAGAUCUGUUCAGAGCUACACAGAUAAUCAAAGGGCUCAAUCCGGGAAUGAAAGAGUCUAGGAUAGAGCUGAAGUUCAAGGAGCUACAGAAAGCAAAAGACCAACAUGGGGAGACAAUUAACAUGGACUCUUUUGUGGAAGCCUACUGUGAGUUGUGCACACGGCCUGAGAUUUUCUUCUUGCUGGUUCAGUUCUCCAGCAACAAAGAAUAUUUGGACAGUAAAGAUCUCAUGCUGUUUGUAGAUGUGGAACAGGGUGUAGAAGGAGUAACAGAGGAAAUGUGUAAAGAUAUUGUUCAGAAAUUUGAGCCAUCGACCGAAGGCAGAGAAAGAGGUUACCUCUCUAUUGAUGGUUUUACAAACUACCUCCUGUCCUCUGAAUGCCACAUCUUUGACCCUCAGCACAAACGUGUGUGCCAGGACAUGACCCAGCCUCUUUCCCACUACUACAUUAACUCUUCACAUAAUGCCUCUCUUCUUGAUGACCACUUCUGGGGUUCAUCAGACAUUAGCAGCUACAUACGAGCUUUAAGGAUGGGCUGUCGCAGUGUCGAGAUUGUAGUUUGGGAUGGUCAUGAUAGUGAACCAGUUGUAUACAUAGGUAGUUCUGUGGCCACACAGAUCGCCUUCUCUAAAGUUCUGGACAUUUUAAACCAGUAUGCUUUUGAAAGCUCAGAAUAUCCCCUAAUUCUUUGCUUGGUGACCCACUGCUGUAUUCUUCAGCAGAGAGUUAUGGCACAACACUUGAAGAAAAUUCUUGGAGACAAGUUGUACACUGAGACGCCCCACAAAGAAGAAAACUACUUGCCUUCUCCUGAGAAACUGAAAGGUAAAAUCCUGCUUAAGAGUAAAAAGCUUCCACCCAGCUGCACUGAUGCCGAGGGGGAUGUUACAGAUGAAGAGGAGGGUCUGGAAAUGUCUCGUAGAGUUGGAGCUGAUGACAGGGAUCAGUUAAAUGGCUUGGGCUGUAAGAAAAUCCGGCUUUGCAGGGAACUAUCUGACCUUGUAUCUCUCUGCAAGUCAGUGCAGUUCAGGGACUUUGAGACAUCUAAAAGGGACCAAAAAUUUUGGGAGAUAUGCUCCUUCAACGAGGUAGAUGCAAACAGAUUUGCCAAUGAGUUCCCAGAGGAAUUUGUCUGUUAUAACAAGCGCCUACUCUCCAGGGUCUAUCCUACACCUAUGAGGAUUGAUGCCAGCAACAUGAACCCCCAGGAUUUCUGGAAGUGCGGAUGCCAGAUUGUUGCCAUGAACUACCAGACACCAGGUCUGAUGAUGGACCUUAACCUUGGCUGGUUCAGGCAGAAUGGCAACUGUGGGUAUGUUUUAAGACCAGCCAUCAUGCGAGAAGAGGUGUCCUACUUUAGUGCCAACGCCCGUGACUCUCUACCAGGAGUUUCUGCACAGCUUCUGCACAUCAAGAUCAUCAGUGGGCAGAAUCUCCCCAAGCCUCGUGGCUCUGCUGCUAAAGGUGAUGUGGUGGAGCCCUACAUUUAUGUAGAAAUCCAUGGUAUACCAGCUGACUGUGCUGAGCAAAGAACCAAGACUGUGUCGCAGAAUGGUGACAACCCUAUUUUUGACGAGAGUUUUGAAUUCCAGAUUAAUUUACCUGAACUAGCGGUACUGCGUUUCGUGGUUCUGGAUGAUGACUACAUUGGUGAUGAGUUCAUUGGACAGUACACAAUCCCAUUCGAGUGCCUACAGCCUGGCUAUAGACAUGUCCCCUUGCAAUCUCUCACAGGGGAGUUCCUACCCAACACCACUUUGUUUGUUCAUGUAGCCAUCACCAACCGGAGAGGUGGUGGAAAGGCUCAUAAGAGGGGACUGUCUGUUAGGAAGGGUCGAAAGGCUCGGGAGUACACCACUACCAAAACCACCGGGAUCAAAGCAGUGGACGAACUCUUCAGAGCUUCCACACAGCCCCUCAGGGAGGCUACAGACCUCAGAGAAAAUGUCCAGAAUGCCAUGGUUUCCUUUAAAGAGCUCUGUGGCCUGACCCCUGCAGCCAACAUGAAGCAGUGCAUCCUCACUGUGUCCACCUGGCUCAUGAACAGCGAGCGAUCUCUGCAAGUAACGGUUGACCUGAGCGAGACCUACCCCACCAUGGAAGCUCAGGGUCCCGUGCCUGAGCUUCUGCGCAAAGUCCUCAACGCCUACGAUAUGAUGAUCCAGACCAGCAAAACACUGAUUGAGUCAGCUGAUGUCGUCUACUCCAAGCUUACACAAGCACAAAGGGCAGGUCUGGACUUCCAUGAGGACCUGCACCGCAUUGGAGCAAAGGAGGGCCUCAAAGGCCGCAAACUUCAGAAAGCCAUGGAGAGCUACGCUUGGAACAUCACUGUGCUUAAGGGCCAAGCAGACCUGCUGAAGCAUGCCAAGAGCGAGGCACUGGACACUCUGCGUCAGAUCCACUAUGCAGCUCAGUCCUGCGGCCUCAAUAAAAAUGGAGCAGCUUCCCCACAGCUGCAGCACCAUCCUCAGCACCAGCCACUGCAAAUACAGCAGCAGCCUCCAGCCAAGCUCCACCCACAGCCUCAUCCGUUUUAUCAGCCCAAAAUCCAAUCCCAGAUUCCACCUCAGGCUCAUCCGCACUCCCAUCCCCUCCAGUAUCCCCAGGUACAUCCCCCGCCUCCGGCUCCCCCCACCACCCAAACUGAUUCCAAACCGCCAGCCUACCCUCAGCCUCCUCCCCUUCCCCAGACUCACUUUCAGGUACAUAGCCAACAGCAGAGGGCGGCAGGACCUCUGGACCCAGUCCCCGAGAGGGACCAAGAGACGAUCAGUGACUAUCCAGGAGGAUCCUGCUGACUCGUAGCCUGUGCCCACAGAGAAUCCUGCCCAAAGAGAGACAGAGAGAGUGAGACUCAGAGAGCGAUGGGUGUAGAAGGGAAGAAGGACAGUAAGCCAACAGAGAUGGAGAGUGUUGCAGCCAGAGUCAAUGAGGGUGCAAUGGUGAGGAAGACUCGCAGGGUUAGAAGUGAAACGCGCGUCUGAGAAGUGAGCUGAAGGAGGAAGAAUCAGUUUGUUUCUCACUUUAAACAGAAAGCCUCCAUCUCUGCUUCUUUUUUCACAACAUGGGCAACAGCUGGGAGUUGUUUAAACUCAGUCUGUGUCUCUCUGGGCAGUGACGUUCACAUGCCCCCAACUCUGUGGGUACAGGCUUUACAUCAUGCUGGCUUUUUAAGCCACAUAUUUGCCUUUUUUUUUUUAGUUCUUAUUCUUAAGACACACCAUGUCGUUGUAUUUUUGUUUCCACAUUUUCACACCGCUCCUUUGGACACAAACCCAAAAGCAAAUCUCUUUACUUCUUUCAAUUAAACGGCAGCGGUUUUAAUUCUAGGUGUACAAACUAUACCCGAGAUACUAGCCUAGGCACUUUAGGAGUCACGAAUGACAACCUCAGCACAACCCAAGGAGCUGUAAAGCUAAUAUAAAAAUGAUGCACAGCUGAUGUGUUCAGUCAUAUCUUUAGGCUGCCGCCAGUCCGGAUCCCACCCCGCAAAUCUUUUGUGUCUUUGCCCACAUCCUUAAGUGACUGAGCGCAGCGGGCAACUGGAGUAGUUGACUCUGCCGGCAUCAGGCGAGUGGUCCAACAAAAGACGGUACUGCUGUCAGCAAAGAAGUGACUAUAAAUGUAUAUUGUAUGUAAUAUGUAUGAAGGGAACAUAUAUUGCUAAAAUGAUUAUCAGACAUUAAUGAUUGAUAAUCUAACUGUUGUUAGUUUUUGUUCAGAUUCUUUUCUAACUCUACUUGCACAUCUUCAGUGAUUUGGCACAGAUUGUCGUGUGGAGCUCAUCAGUGCAUGUGGGACCACAACACGGCGGUCAAACAACAACCUGACGUGUGUUUUAGUUCAAAGUGAAUUUCUGUAAGAGUUACUUUAAGCAGCCCAUUAAACCUGAUUUCAUUGUUAAUCUUGA